ACAGUGACACGAGUCAGCAGCCAGCCAUGGCCGCGCCGAAGCUUGACCGCAACCGCAGCAUCCGCGAGCGCGUCGAGGACACCCUCCACGCCCACCGCAACGAGCUCGUCGCCCUCCUCUCCAAGUACGUGAGCAAGGGGAAGGGGAUCCUGCAGCCGCACCGCAUCCUCGACACGCUCGACGAGGUCCAGGUCCCCGGCGGCAGCGUCUUCGCCGAGGGCCCCUUCCUCGACAUCCUGCGCUCCUCCCAGGAGGCGAUAGUGCUCCCGCCGUUCGUGGCCAUCGCGGUGCGCCCGCGCCCGGGGGUGUGGGAGUUCGUCCGCGUCAACGUCAACGAGCUCAACGUCGAGCAGCUCGGCGUCUCGGAGUACCUCCGCUUCAAGGAGGAGCUCGUGGACGGACAGCACGACAACCCGUACGUACUGGAGCUUGACUUUGAGCCAUUCACCGCCUUGAUCCCGCGCCCAAAUCGGUCGUCGUCAAUUGGAAAUGGCGUGCAGUUUCUCAACAGGCACCUGUCUUCGGUUUUGUUCCGAAACAGGGAUUGCCUGGAGCCCCUGCUUGAUUUCCUCCGUGAGCACCGGCACAAGGGGCACGUGAUGAUGCUAAAUGAUAGGAUACAGAGCGUGGGAAGGCUUCAGUCUGUCCUGACCAAAGCUGAGGAGCACCUGUCAAAACUCCCAGCUGACACACCGUACUCGGAAUUUUCUAACAAAUUUCAAGAAUGGGGCUUGGAGAAAGGUUGGGGUGAUACAGCUGAGCAUGUAUUGGAGAUGAUGCAUCUCCUUCUGGAUGUUCUUCAAGCGCCAGAUCCAUCUACUCUGGAGAAUUUCUUGGGGAGGAUCCCGAUGAUCUUUAAUGUUGUGAUAGUAUCUCCUCAUGGAUACUUUGGCCAAGCUAAUGUGUUAGGCAUGCCAGAUACUGGAGGGCAGAUUGUCUACAUAUUGGACCAAGUUCGUGCAUUGGAGAAUGAGAUGGUUCUUAGGUUAAAGAAACAAGGGCUUGAUGUUUCCCCUAAAAUUCUCAUUGUUACUCGAUUAAUACCAGAUUCAAAAGGGACAUCAUGUAAUCAGAGGCUUGAGAGAAUAACUGGAACAAAGCAUACUUUCAUAUUGCGCGUUCCAUUUAAAAAUGAAAACGGGAUACUCAAGAAAUGGAUUUCAAGAUUUGAUGUGUGGCCCUAUCUGGAGAAAUUUGCAGAGGAUGCAGCUGGUGAAAUUGCUGCAGAAUUACAGGGUACUCCAGAUUUCAUAAUUGGGAACUACAGUGAUGGAAAUCUUGUGGCAUCUUUGCUAUCUUAUAAGAUGGGAAUUACUCAGUGCAAUAUUGCUCAUGCUCUGGAGAAGACUAAAUAUCCAGAUUCAGACAUAUACUGGAAGAAGUUUGACGAGAAGUAUCAUUUCUCUUGUCAGUUUACUGCUGAUAUAAUUGCGAUGAACAAUGCUGAUUUCAUAAUCACCAGCACAUACCAAGAAAUCGCUGGAAGCAAAAACACAGUUGGACAGUAUGAGAGCCAUACUGCUUUUACUCUUCCUGGUCUGUACCGCGUCGUGCACGGGAUUGAUGUUUUUGAUCCAAAGUUCAACAUAGUCUCUCCUGGAGCAGACAUGUCCAUAUAUUUUCCAUACACUGAAAAAGACCGGCGGCUCACUGCCUUUCAUGGUUCAAUUGAGAGCCUGCUUUAUGACCCAGAGCAAAACGAUGUACACAUUGGACAUCUGGAUGACAAAUCAAAACCAAUUCUUUUCUCCAUGGCAAGACUUGACCGGGUUAAAAACAUAACAGGACUGGUCGAAGCAUAUAGUAAAAACGCUAAGCUAAGGGAGCACGUAAACCUUGUUGUAGUAGCUGGCUUUUUCGAUGUCAAGAAUUCAAAGGACAGAGAAGAGAUAGAAGAGAUAGAAAAGAUGCAUGAACUUAUUAAGACAUAUGACCUGUUUGGGCAGUUCCGUUGGAUCUCUGCCCAGACGAACAGGGCCCAGAAUGGUGAGCUGUAUCGCUACAUCGCUGAUACUCACGGUGCCUUUGUGCAGCCAGCUUUGUAUGAAGCAUUCGGUCUCACUGUUGUGGAGGCCAUGACCUGUGGACUUCCUACUUUCGCAACACUUCAUGGAGGACCUGCCGAGAUUAUAGAGCAUGGAGUCUCAGGUUUCCACAUUGAUCCUUACCAUCCUGAUCAGGCCGCCUCUUUGAUGGCCGACUUCUUUGAACAAUGCAAACAAGACCCCAGCCACUGGGUUAAGAUAUCUGACAGGGGACUUCAGCGUAUAUACGACAAGUAUACAUGGAAGAUUUACUCCGAGAGGUUGAUGACACUGGCUGGGGUUUAUGGCUUCUGGAAGUAUGUUUCGAAGCUUGAGAGGCGGGAGACUAGGCGUUACCUUGAGAUGUUCUAUAUACUGAAGUUCCGUGAGCUGGCGAAGAGCGUGCCACUUGCAGUAGAUGAGGCACACUAGCCGUUCUGUGCUCAGUACCCAUGACUUGAUGAACUGCUCUGUGUUUGUGUCUGAGAAUAACUGCAUGUCAUCCGGGGGGAGGACAAAUGGAGUAAAAUGCAGUUGAUGACCGAUAUAUAAGUUGUCUACGUGUGUGUCCAGCUAGAAGUAUCUGGGAGUCUGUAAUCGAGGAUCAAAUAUCUUGGUUAUGUA